AUGAAAUCAGCCUUGUUGCAGGUUGACUGGCAGUUCCAGAGGGCACCAGAGAGAGAGAGAGAGCAGGAGGAAGCAGCAGAGCAUGGGGGCACGGGCUGCGAGCAAAAUUGGGAUGCAGUGAUGUGCUGGCCUCUUGCUGCUUUUGGUGAGACAGUCAAUGUCUCCUGCCCUCCAGUUUUCUCCGACUUAAUGAAAAAUCCAGGUACAGUAAGCAGAAAUUGUACCAUUAACGGUUGGUCCAACCCAUUCCCUCCAUAUUAUCUUGCCUGUACGAUUGAAGAUGAGAUACCUGUAGAGGAAGAGUCCUACUUUGCAACAGUGAAAGUGAUUUACACAGUUGGAUAUGGAGCAUCUAUCUUUUCUCUUACUAUUGCCAUGAUUAUUUUACUUAUCUUUAGGAGCCUUCACUGUGCUAGAAACUAUGUCCACAUCCAGCUCUUCGCAUCAUUCAUCCUGAGGGCUGUUGCAGUUUUUAUUAAGGAUGCCACCCUGUUUGCAAAUGAUGAAACUGAGCAUUGCACCUUUUCUACAGCUGGGUGCAAGGCAGCAGUUGUUUUCUGUCAUUACUGUGUAAUGACUAAUUUCUUCUGGCUGUUGGUUGAAGCCCUGUACCUCAACUCACUUUUGUUCUCAUUCCUUCAUCGUGGAAGAAAAUACUUCCGGUGGUUUGUUCUAUUGGGCUGGGGAGUUCCAACAAUUUGUAUCAUAGUUUGGAUUAUUUCCAGGAUGUAUUUUGAAGACACAGAAUGUUGGGAUGUAAAUGAGAUCUCUUCAUUCUGGUGGAUAAUAAAGGGGCCUAUUGUUGUAUCUAUUGGGGUGAAUUUUAUACUUUUUAUAAACAUCAUACGAAUUUUAAUUCAGAAGCUGGAUCCCCAGUUAAUUCAGUUCAACAACUCAUCUCAGUACAGGCGUUUGAUGAAGUCAACUCUGCUUCUCGUUCCAUUGUUCGGCACCCACUACAUAGUGUUUAACUUUCUCCCAGAUUAUAUAAAUACAGGGGUGAGGCUGUACAUAGAACUCUGUCUGGGAUCAUUUCAGGGUCUCAUAGUUGCUGUCCUCUACUGCUUUCUCAAUCAAGAAGUACAGACUGAGAUCCGACGAAAGUGGAUGCUGUGGUAUAUUAACUGCUAUGGAGAGGUACCAGGUGUGGUCAAAGAGAGUGACAUGGAUACCCCUUUUUGAAUGCAAGCUAUUUUUUAAUAUUCUUUAUACAAAGGACAACUUUUUUUCUUUCUUCAAACACAUUGCAUUAUGCCUAUAAUCGCAUCUUUGCUUGCUUAACUAAUCGUGGAGAUGUGCACCAUUGGAUACAGACCGAUAGCCGCAUCAGAUGUGUUAUGAUUGUUACUGGUUUACUUGACUGGUUUACUUGGGUGCAGUGGUUUACUUGGGUGCAGUGUGAAGUAAUAAUACAGUUAACUGACGGCAAAGAUAUACUGAGUCUUCAAAGAUGGAGUUCAAACCUCUUAAACGUAUACAGAUCCAUAGCAGUAGAAUGUCUGCACUUCAUAUAACAAGUUCAAUGUGUGGAAAACAAAGUUAGCUGAUUAUGGGGUUCUAGAGAGGCGCAAACAGACUUUUUCCUAUAAACUGCAUUUUGGUGCUAUAUUUUGCCUUGCCUCUUCUUACAUCACAGCUACAACCAGGUGUCACCCACAAAUUCUUUGUUUGUCAAUAUGAUGAAAAUAGUUAUCCUUUUUUUAUAAAUAGUUCAAUGUUGCGUUAAUAUUUAUGGUGUCUAACACCCAUGGCCUUCACAGAUUUACAGUACAGCAUACAGUACAUACUUUCUAAAUCAGUAUUUCCAUUGUGAAUGUUGUGUAAAAUAAUAAAUACAUCACAAGUAUUUACAUAGAAAUACAUUAUAUGUUGAUGCUGAGAGGUUUUAUGUACAAUAUCAAAAUAAACCAUCAAGAAAGUGAGAUAUGAAAACUAAUUAAUCUUUUUACUGGUAGCAUUAACAUUAUGAUUCACAUGCUCCCCCUAGUGGUUUUCUGGUAAAGUUACCAUUAGGUACAGAUAAUUAAAUAUAGUAUGAGGGCUUAUACAGUAGUCUUGGGGUAAUAGCAUUUAUCAUAUUUUAUGUUCUGUCACCCAGUCCAGAACCCAGAAUCUCUGGACUGGUAUUUUGUAUGUUAAAA